CUUUGACCCGGCACGCGGGAUUUUCGCGCCAAUUCUGUGCUUGAGGCAGGACUAGACAUUCCUGAACCGACCAGUUUGUGGUCCAACCCUUCAACUUCAAGUUCUACUCGCCAUUCGGUGUUGGAAAUCAGGUGCCGAAAAUGCUGGACAUAAUCCUAGCGGUUCUGGCUGCACAGUUCACAGGGUUCCUGUGGUAUAACCCAUACACCUUGGGGAACAUGUGGCUCCAGCUGACCUAUCCACCCUACAGGAAACACGAGUUUGGGAAGUACCCAGAACAUGUCUGCUAUGGAUCAGCCUUUGCCUCAGCUCUGAGUGUGGCCUUGCUCUUGUCUUAUGUGCUACCAUACCUGGGUGCCACGACCCUGUGGGCAUCAGUGCGGUCUGCCCUGCUCCUGUGGGCACUCACCACAGCUGUGGAGCUGCCUCACCUCACCUUUGGUGCCCAGGAGAUCGGCAUGUUUGCUAUAGACAAAGGCCACAACAUGGCUGUCAUGGUUGUGGAGGCUAUUGUCCUCUUUCUUUUUUAGAAGUCAGAACACGUCUAGUUGAUAGAUGUAACAACAAAUAUUCUUUUACUUUAUAAAACUUAGUAAGUGCCUCCCUUUCUAUGCAAUUGUUUUUACCUGUUGUCCAGCAAUAAAUAUAAACACAGUCAUAUAGAAA